UGAUCCUCAGACGGUGAAUGAUUUAAAAGUCGCUUAUGAUAAAACGUCACAUAUUACAAGGUGCCACAUUAUAACAAUGAAAUUGUCAAUUUUAUUGUUGACUUUUGUAGUUACUACAUUAUACGCGAGACACGUGCAUCAAACAUCGACCAAUAAUAGUUCCAGUUGCAAACACCAAAUUCGGAUUAAUGGUACGAUAAAAUGCAAUAUUACUACAUCAAUCACUCCCGUCGGACGAAAUUCCAAACAGUUUCCUGUGAGCACUACAACGAAGAAGUAUAGAAUAUCAGACAGUACUGUCACCAAAACUGAUAAGUUUCGCAGGAAUAAUACAACGCAGAAGUAUACGAAUUUAAACAGUACUGUCACCGAGAGAGCUGUGAUCGUGGAUGGCCGAAUAAUUACUGAAUCGAGUAUUAUUGAGACAAGAUUUAUGAUAACUGCUCCAAUAAAGGAAUGCAAAGAGGGAUUAACUCGAGACAUUCAUGGAAAAUGCGUUAUUAAUUUCUCGGAUUAAAAUGGUAUUAUCUACCUAUAUUAAUUAAAUACAUUAACUGGAAAGAAUAAGAUAUUUAUUUACAGUAUUAUCGUUUAAAUACAUUUUUUUUUAAAUAGUUUUAAUUAAAAAAUUAUAAUAUUAUUAUGAUUUACGAAAACUAAGGUAUGCUUAAAUGUUGUUGGUGAAAUUUUUUCUAAUU